AUGGGUUUUGUUUAUAUGGGACAAUCGAUAUCUCAUCAAAAGGCUCGUAAUCAGAAAGCCGUUGAACUAACAGCACUGAACGACGAUUUCAUCGAGGCCGAAAUUGUGUUGAAGAAUCUGCAGUUCGCCCAAGAACGUGCUGUGAAGGAUAGAUUUAUUAAGCUAAUAGAGUUGCGUGAGCGGUUUAGCUGGGAGUUCGCCGGUAUUACGACAAUGGUGUGCAUCUUGUUCUUUGCCGGUUCUACCACUAAAAGGAAGGAGUUUGUAAUACCUAUUGCUCCACUGAUAAUGGGACUUGGAUACAGAUACUACUGUGCAUAUGGAGUGAACAGUGGGAAUGUCAUAGAGUCUGCUGAGGUUUUACUGAAAGGAAACGAUGAUAGCUUAAAAAUGGUUGGAGGACCGUUAACUCUCAAGGAUGUGGAUGCCUAUCGGGCAAAACAUUUCUGA